AUGCCCCAUAUGCGCGAGGUCAAGACGUGUGACCGGUGUCGUCACUUCAAGCGACGAUGCGACCUCCUCAAGCCGUCGUGCACCCGCUGCGUCCAGGCCGGCGUCCGCUGCAGCUUCGAUGUCACGGGAACCGCUGCACCCAGCGCAGGCACGCAGGCCGCUGCGACAGUCGCACCGCAGCGAGCGGGCACGUUUGGUCCGACGGGAGCGCAGCAUGCGCCGCCACCUCUGCAGCAACAGCAGCAGCAGCAUCAUGCCUCGAAUCUGCAAGCUUCGCCGCAGUUUGCGUCGUCGUCUGCAGUAGGCGGUCCCCGCGCCGCCAACGCAGCUAUGCCCGCUCCGAGCAAUGCACCCCCGCCAGCCUCGGGGCCUGUCAGCGGCGCUGCCGUCGCCUCGUCAUCAUCGGCGUCGCCAGGCCAGGACGACCUCGCCGGGACACCGACAAACGGCCUCAUCUCCCCCACGACCUCGACCGAAAGCCCAGAGCCGGGCUCCUCAAACAUCCAAGACCAGGACGAGCCGCCGACCCCGCAUGACGCUCCCACCUCGGGCAGCGCGACAACCAACGGCCAGCGCAUCGUGCGCAAGCGGAAGCGCAACUGCCUGAGCUGCCUGCGUUGUCAUCGUCUCAAAGUCAAAUGCGAUAAGGAGCUCCCGUGCGGAAGAUGCAAAGCCAGCGGCAACGGGAGAGAAUGCUACUACAGCUACAACAAGGGUCCGAACGGGGGCAAGUUCCCCUGCCCCACGGCACCGGUCCCUUCGAGCAAAGACGAGAAGAAGCCCCAAAUGGCAACCUGGCAGGUGCAACACCGGGUGCGCGGAUCCAGCCACUGGCGCGAACUCAUGACCAAGAUCGGCUCUUUAGCCUCAUCAGCCACGGGCGAGACGUCACCCUUGGCAGCAGCCCUCGAAGGCGUCGGUACAAAUGCCUGUCUGGCCAACUUUUGCCUGCCGGGCAACUUUCCCUUUGGCACACCCGGCGCGACGAAAUACUACGCCCGCGACGCGGUGACGCGGCUGUUGGCCGGCGAGAAGGCCAAGUGCGACGAGUAUCUGACGCGGUACCUGGAGCUUCUCGACGUCGUCAACCCGAUCCUGGACAUGCGCACGUUCCGCGAGGAGAUAGACCGGUACUGGCAGGACCCGAACGCGGUCAGCUUGUGCUGGCUCUCACAGUUCCUCAUGGUGAUGGGCCUGGGGUGCUUCACGUCGGCCGACGAGCCGCCCGUGGCGACAGAGCUGAUGAUGGCCGCCGAGGCCUGCCUGAUGCAGACGCCGUUCAUGUUCCGACCGACGCUGAUGACGCUGCGGGCGCUGUCGCUCAUGUCGGUCGCCAAGCUCGUGUGCAACGCCACGUGCUGGUCUGUCGAUUCCUGCUGGACGCUGCUCGGCCUCCUCGUGAGGGUGGCCUUUAUCUUUGGUCUCCCGCAGGAGAAGAACGACAACGACGAGGACCUCCGGGACCCGGUUGAAAAGGACUCGCGCCGGAAGCUGUGGCUGACGAUCCUGUACCUCGACAUCAAAGUGUCCAUGUGCACGGGCAUGCCGCCCCUGACACGGCCGGAUGAGCUCGGCGGCUUUCGGUCGAUGCCCGACGCGCCGGACAGCCUGCAGAUGGUACUCUUCCAGUCUCUUCCGACGGUGUUGUCGGUGCUCGCACAAAUCAACUCCAAGAAGGACCAGAUUUCGUACCCCGACGUGCUGCGGUACAACGCGCAGCUACGCGAGCUCAUGGGACACGCCCAGCGGGUCUGCACGGCGCAGCUGCAGCGCAUCACGGUGGACAUUUUCCUGCGGAGAUGCCUCAUGGUGCUGCACCGGCCGUUCGCGCUGCACCCGGACGGGCCGACGCUGUUCCCCGAGUCGUACUGGUCGUCGCUCGAGUGCUCGCUGGCGCUGCUGGUGCACUACCGCGAGCUGUGGUGCAGCGACACCAACAUGCGGCUGGACCUGGUGGGCCGGGCGUUCGUGCUCGACUUCUUCUCGGCGACGCUGACGACGUGCGUGCACAUGCUGCGCGAGGACGCGCCGCUGAGCGGGGCGGCGGCGACGGGCUGCCGUCUGCCGCCGCGGCAACUGAUUCUGGACACGCUGCGCAGCUGCGUCGACAUCUGGAGCGGGGAGCAGGAAAAGAGCGUCUGCUGGCGCACGGGCUACCACCUGCUCAAGGCAGUCAUUGCCCUUCUGCCGGCGGUGGAGGAGCGUCCUUCGUCGUCGGCGAAGCAGCCGGUGAGCGCCAUGCAGCAACAGAUGGCCAUGGGACCCUAG